AUGUCUACUUUUUCAAUUCUUACACGUCAAUGUCUUAAGUUGAGUGAAAUCUGCCCGAAAUGUAAAUGGAAUUGUGAUCAUUACCGAUCAAAUGGCUUUUGCCGUUGUAGUCCAUAUGGUAAACGAGAUUGUGAUGUAAGUCGAGAACAUUGUUGGGCAAACGUUUCAAUCCACAUCGACAUGCCAUCAAAUCCUCGACUUUCUGAAGUGAACAUAAUCAUCGAUGCUGAUAAUUUCUCACAACGGAUCGUGGUUGUAUUAAUUGAUUAUUUCAUAGAGCAAGGAUGUAAAACAGUUGGAAUGGUUAUUUCGCCUUCAAAAUAUAUUGGAAUUAUCAGUGGAAAUUAUGGUGAUCAAGUGAAAUUAGAGUUCUUUCGUCUUGUAAACAAUGGACAUGUGUUAGUUAUUCCGGCAGCUAAUUCAUUGUAUUACGAUCAAACGGGUGGUUGUGAAGACGCAAUUGCUUUACAUAUUGGGAUGUACCAUCGAGCUAUAGUAAUCUCGAAUGACACAUUCAAACCGAAAAUUGGCGAAGAACACGAAUUUAUUCCGGAUACCAUUCUGCAGAUAACUGAAACUAAAAUUUCCGAUACUGAAAUUUCGCUAACAUUCACUGCUCCAUCCGAUUCUACCCAAACAGGACCAAAUAUUUUAAAUUAUAUAAUAGAUCGUGUUCUCGUACGAAAUACAUCGACUGAUCCCAUAUGCACAAGUUCAUCUAUAGAAUGUCACAUUCCGGAAAUCCUGAAACGACAUCGAGUCUAUAAUCUGAACAAACAUCUGGAUCGAUGUGACCGCGUUGUGUACGAUCAUUAUUCGAAAUUAGAAAAGUAUUCUCAACAAAUAAAUUCGUUUACGAGACAAAUGGAGAAAACAUCAACGAAUGAAACGGAGUUGAUUGAAACAUUAAAUGCAAGAAAAGAGCAAGUGAUUGAAAGUCGAGAAGAAUAUAAAGACAAAAUCGCACCACUAUUAGAACAAAAUAAGAAAUUUAGAGAAGAAAUAGUUCAACAAUUAACUGUAUUAGGUAACAUUGACUGUUUAAAACCUGUAUCCAUUCGCUCUGGUCUUCCGUAUUACGUCUUUGGGUCGGAAAACAGUCUCGAUACUGAUAUAUUAGUGCUUCUGAAAGACUAUCAAAAACCAUCCACAUAUACCGAAUGUCAAAAACUAAUGAACAAGUUCAUUUAUGAAUUUCAAGAUUUGGACUGCUUCUCAAAUGACAAGUCUAUCAAUAUAAAUCUUGCAGUUCUAACAGAUGGCAUAAUCACAUGGGUGUUAAAGGGCAUUCCUGAUGAAACCAAUAACAGUGUCCUUAGUACAUAUCAUUUGCAUACACAAAAUCAUCCACUCGAAAUCCAGCGACUCGUUUCUCGUGAUCUUGAAAAGAAAAUUAUUCGUGCUACACGAGCUAUUCUGUCUCAAUUGACAAAAUCUGAACAACGACAUAACGUUAAAAACGCAUUGAAAGCAAAUAAACUCUAUCUUCGUCUCGAUGCACUUAAGCCAAUUUGUUUUCAAGAGCUCAAUUUUAAACAGUCCGAGAAAGACUUAAUUGAAAUCGUGAAACUGAUUGCGUUUCAGCUUGUAAAUAACAAAUAUCAAGACAAAAAUACAUUCAAUAUGGUUUACACUCAUACAUUAUUUCCAGCCUUAGUUGCUGUGUUAGUAAUCAUUGGAAAAAGUCAUUCGUGGACUUGGUUUCCAGAUCCUCAGCGCGGAGCGGCACUUCAAGCUCGAUGGAAUAAUUAUAAAGCACUUCCAGAAAAAACUCAAGCGACAGUUACAGGUGUUUGUGGCAAAUUGAUUCAACCUGUUUGUAAAAAGGUAAUUGGAAGACCCGCCGACGAAGAAACAGAAAGUUGUGAUAAAUUCUGUUGCCACGCUGGCUAUCUUACUGGCUUUUGCAAAGGAAGUAUUGUGGGUGGCGCUCAAAUAGAUCUAGGUGGGCCAGGACAGACAGAAUAUAAACCUGCAAUUAACGGUCGAUCAGAUUGUGUUUGCACAAAUGAUCACAGAGAUGCUACAUGUGGUCCCGAUGGUUCAUUUGCCGGAAUCAGAUGUCCGUUUGAUAAAAGUGCAUGUGCAAGAAAAUGUUGUCGUCAAGGAAGAUCAGGUGGGCGUUGUGGUGGUUUUCUGAAGACAAAAUGCAAAUGCGACUAA